UGACGACGUGUCUCGUUUGUUGUGCAGCCUGACGCUCUGCUGCAAUCUUGACGUCCCAGUGCCAUGUUUCCAAGGCUGGCCUGUUGUUCCCGCCUGCCAUCCCGGACCCGACAACUACAUGUCUGCCCACUAUUCAGCAGAGCGAUGUCACAGACAAAGUUCCCUCUCACUCGUUCCCAUGGAAAGUCCUUUGCCCAUCGCAGUGAGUUGAAGCAGGCUAAACGCAUUGUUGUGAAGCUAGGAAGUGCCGUGGUGACGAGGGGAGAUGAGGGUGGUCUGGCUCUGGGACGGCUCGCCUCAAUAGUCGAACAGGUGGCUGUGCUGCAGAACCAGGGCAGGGAAAUGAUGAUUGUAACCAGUGGAGCUGUGGCAUUUGGGAAGCAGAGAUUGAGACAUGAGAUCUUGCUUUCUCAGAGUGUCAGGCAAGCCUUGCAUUCUGGGCAGAACCAGCUCAAAGAGAUGUCAGUACCAGUUUUGGAGGCACGGGCAUGUGCAGCUGCAGGACAGAGUGGGCUGAUGGCUCUGUAUGAAGCCAUGUUCACCCAGUACAGCACCUGCACUGCACAAAUCUUGGUGACCAACCUGGAUUUUCAUGAUGAGCAGAAGCGUCGCAACCUGAACAGCACACUGCAUGAGCUGCUGCGGAUGAACAUCGUUCCCAUUAUCAACACUAAUGAUGCGGUCGUGCCACCCCCUGUUCCAACCAGUGAUUUACAGGGGGUAAAUGUAAUAAGCAUCAAAGACAAUGACAGCUUGGCUGCACGGCUGGCUGUUGAAAUGAAAGCAGACCUCCUAAUCGCUCUGUCUGAUGUUGAAGGAUUAUAUGACAGCCCCCCUGGAACUGAUGAUGCCAAGCUCAUUGAUAUAUUCUACCCUGGAGACCAGCAGUCAAUCACAUAUGGUACCAAAUCCAGGGUUGGCAUUGGUGGUAUGGAAGCUAAGGUGAAAGCAGCUCUGUGGGCACUACAGGGUGGUACAUCUGUUGUCAUUGCCAAUGGCACACAUCCCAAGGUCACAGGGCACGUAAUCACAGAUAUUGUAGAGGGGAAGAAAGUCGGCACCUUCUUCUCUGAAGUCAAACCUGCAGGUCCCACCGUGGAGCAGCAGGCAGAGAUGGCCCGGCAAGGAGGCAGGUCUCUAGCCUCUCUGCUCUCUGAGGAGAGGGCAGAGAUCACCUGUCGUCUUGCUGACUUGCUUAUAGAGAAGAAAGAUGAGAUUCUCAGUGCCAACAAGAGAGACAUGGAGCUGGCAAUGGCAUCAGGUCGUCUCUCACUUCCACUGCUGAACCGCCUGAGUCUGUCCUCAUCCAAGUUGAACAGCCUGGCCAUUGGCCUGCGUCAAAUUGCUGUGUCCUCAAGAGACAGCGUGGGCCAGGUGCUGAGAAGGACCAGGGUGGCUAACAACCUGGAGCUGGAGCAGAUCACCGUCCCCAUUGGUGUCCUGCUGGUUAUCUUUGAGUCUCGCCCAGACUGUCUUCCACAGGUGUCAGCUCUGGCUAUUGCUAGUGGGAAUGCUUUGCUGCUUAAGGGGGGCAAAGAAGCUGCCAACACAAAUAAAAUUUUACAUCAACUCACCCAGGAAGCACUCUCUAUUCAUGGGGUGAAGGAUGCCAUUCAACUGGUGAGCACACGAGAGGAAGUCGAAGAUUUGUGCCGACUGGACAAGAUGGUUGACCUGAUCAUCCCCAGAGGCUCGUCCCAGCUGGUCAGGGACAUUCAAAAGGCCGCUAAGGGUAUUCCAGUGCUGGGCCACAGUGAGGGCAUCUGUCAUGUCUACAUUGACGCUGACGCCAGUAUAGACAAAGCUAUUGACGUCGUCAAAGACUCCAAAUGUGACUACCCAGCAGCCUGUAAUGCCAUGGAGACACUCCUUAUUCACAGAGAUUUAUUGAGGACUCCCAUAUUUGACCAGAUCAUUGACCUGCUGAGAACUGAACAGGUGAAGAUCCAUGCUGGCCCCAGGUUUGCAUCUUACUUGACAUUCAGUCCAUCUGAGGUCAAGUCUCUGCGGACAGAGUACGGGGAUCUGGAGUGCUGCAUUGAGGUUGUAGACAGCAUGCAGGAUGCUGUGGACCAUAUUCACAAAUAUGGCAGCUCCCACACCGAUGUCAUCAUUACUGAAAAUGAGGAGACUGCUGAACAGUUUUUGCAACAGCUGGACAGUGCCUGUGUCUUCUGGAAUGCCAGCUCUCGCUUUGCUGAUGGCUACCGCUUUGGUCUAGGAGCAGAGGUUGGUAUUAGUACAGCACGAAUCCACGCCAGAGGCCCGGUAGGUCUGGAAGGGCUCUUGACCACCAAGUGGGUGCUGAGGGGCGAGGGACACACAGUGGCUGACUUCUCUGAGCAAGGCAGCAUGAAGUAUCUCCAUGAGAACAUCCCAGUCCCCAAGAGGAACUUCAGCUAGGUCCCCUAGGAAAGAGCACUCACGAGAGGGCUUGGCAAGAGUUUUAUGUGAGGACUCUGUUAACCCAGAAAUCAUCCAAAGGUUUGUUUCUGUCUGUCCGUAGAGUUUUGACCUUUGGACUGAUACUACUUCAACCAUAAAAAUCUAUAUGAUGCCGUUGGAACAGACUUGCAUUCAGAACAGUUGCUCCCUUGCUGCUUUCAUGAACCUGCACACUUACGUAUCUGUGAAACUGAAUCUGUCUGACGUUUCAGGUCCCCCUGGGAAUUUUAUAUGGUAUUCACCUAUCUCUUGGACAGUAAUGAUCAAGUGCUUUAUGCAUGGGGAGAAUAGAACAUAUAUAUAUUGGGAAAGAAUGGAAAGAAUUUAUUGUGUUAUUAUUCUGAUGUGAUAACUACCUUAUGUACGGGUGACAUUACCUGUGUUUAUGUGAGUGGUUACAACAGGAACUUCCCCCAGACACAAAGGUUGUUUGACAUCCCAACGGUUGGUUAGAGCUUGUUUAUCAUGUUGGUUGGAUAUUAACAGAGAAAAGAGACAUUGGCUUGGUUAUAAUUUUGUAACUUAUUAUUUUUCUACUUUAUAAAGUUCCCCUUGUUUUUUUUAUGCUUUAAGUAUCAUGUCUGCUUACUUCAGGUAUGUGUUUCUAUCCUCUCCUUUUACAUGUGAUUUAAUUAAAAACACUGUACAGUUCUUUACUCAUGGUACUGUGUAACAUUUGUCACGUAGUUACAACAGGAAGCUGUUCUCAAUGGUCUGUUUACAAAUGUGUUUAAUGCAUAAUUUAAUCUUGACUGAUCUGGCAUUUUAUUAAUCCAACAGAAGCCAUACCCAAUUUUUCAAUAUUUUGAACUCAAACCCUGGAUACUUUGUUUUAUUCUUAACUGUCCCAAAUUUACAUUACAGACAUCUAGUAAUGUCACACAUUUACAUAAUAUUUAAACUAGCUCCUCAUUUAUUUGUCCCUGGUUCAUGUAAGUAGUAUGCUAUUAGUAUUACAUCUCAAAAUAGUUUCUCCUUCUAAAAUGGUCAUCUUCUCUAAAAUGUUCAUUUUGUCCAAUAUUGUGAACCAGUUUACUAUACUCACAGCAGUCAAGCUCCUGCUGCCCCAGUCAUUUUGUUUGGUACAAUAUGCUGCUUUAGGCCCAGGACAGACUUAUUCUUAAAGUGGAAAUGGUGCUUGUUAGGUCGAUUACAGCACUGCAGAAGGGGAUGGUCAUAUAGACUGGAGCAAUCCUCACUUAGAUAAUGUUAUAUUGUGGAAGAUAUACUAAGCUGUGUUUUCUGUUUGUAAAAGCAACAAAUGGCCAGCAAAUCCUGGUAGCUGAAAUAGUAGGGUUUUUCAAAGGCCAUCUAACACCCACUAUCCACAUCGAUAGUGUAGCAGCAACAGAGGUGGAAGUGCAUGUAAGGACAUUUGGCACUGUUAGUAACCUCUCAAAAUCCCUGCAUUCAAAGAAGAUGACUUAUUGGUGAUUAGAACAGCAGUCUAAAUCACAGCCAUUAACCCCUUUGACUAUUUUUAUGCAAUGCCUUAAUGAAACGGAUCAUGCAGCAGAAGGCGGCACGGUGGCCCAGUGGAUAGCACUGUUGCCUCACAGCAAGGAGGUCCUGGGUUUGAACCCCAGGCCAUCCAAGGUCCUUUCUGUGUGGAGUUUGUACGUUCUCCCCGUGUCUGCGUGAGUUUCCUGACUUUCCUCCCGAUGCUCCGGUUUCCUCCCACCAUCAAAAAGACAUGCAUGUUAGGAUUGAUAUUCCUGUCUGUGUCCCUGACCAAGGCAAUGGAAAGAAGAACUGGAGUUGGUCCCCGGACGCUGCAGCUACCCACUGCUCUUAUGCAACAGGAUGGGUUAAAUAAAUGCGGAGAACAAAUUCAUUGUAAGAAUACAAUGACAAAAAAGUGAUUUUCAUAAUGGACAUGUAUUUUGGAUGAUAUGUUGCCAAUAAAGGCUUACUGGUUAAUCUGUCAGUAAAAUAAUGAGGGAGUUUUCUCUUUGUCAUGAAUACUCAGCAUCUUCAUUGAAAUAAGUUAUUUACUGUCUGCUGCCCCAUCACUCAAAGCAGAUGACAACCUCAUGUUCUAUUCACAGUUUAUUGUGUUAUGUACAUUUAGAUUGGCCCUGGUCUAUUA